CUUUUACCCAUCAUACUACUCGUGACUCUAAAUGGGUUGGUGAGAAGGACCCCUGGGUUUAUGGGUUCUGGUAUUGGAGUUGGGCUGAUCAUUCUGCCCAAGUUGCCCACAUUGAUUCCCAUGCACAUAAGAUAACACUGAAAGCUAAAACACAUUAUGGGUUCAGAACUGGAAGUCUACGGACAGACGGUAGAUUGAAUGGUUAUAGCAAGCAAGGUGGUUACUUCCGGGUCAUCAAUAUGCUCUCAGAGUUAGACUCCCCGGGAGAAUACUAUGUGGAUAGAUCUGCAGGAAUUCUUUAUCUCUGGCCCAACACCCAUUCUGGAACUAUUCAAAGCUCUGACGUGGUGUAUGCUUCCAUUAUUAAAGACUGCAUUUCGUUAAGUCAUGGUGUAAGUAAUAUUAAGUUUGAAGGAUUUACACUGGAAGCCUGUCGACAUUAUGGAAUAACUGCUGAUGGCGGACACAAUCUUAAAUUUACUAACCUAGAAGUUAAAAACACGGGAACGUUUGGCAUUAGUUGUGGUAAUGAUUGUAGAUCAACUACUAUAUCUAAAUGUGAUAUACACGAUACUGAUGGUGCUAUCAAGAUAUCAGGUGGAGAUAGAAAAAAUCUGAUAUCAUCUGGUAAUAUAAUAGAAGAUAAUAGAUUGUGGAAUUUUGGAAGAGCUACAGCAGUUGGUGCUGAUGGUAUAGCACUCGGUGGCGUUAAUACUAUCAUACGUAAUAACUAUAUCCACCACGGUACUUAUUCCUGUAUUAAAUGGAGUGGUAAUGACCACAUAAUGGAAAAUAAUCACUUUCAUGAUUGCUGUCAUGCUACCAGCGACUGUGGUGCGAUACAUUCCGGUAGAGACUGGACAUCAAGGGGAACUGUUAUUAGGAAUAAUUAUAUCCACAAUACAGUAAGACAUUGGCCUGGUGCUGAAAUACGAGGAGUUAUGUUAGAUGAUCAGUUUUCUGGUGCCAACAUAGAACACAAUAUAUUCGCAUUGAAUGAAGUACAUGUAAAUAUAGGAGGAGGACGUGAUACCAUGAUAUAUUAUAAUGUAUUUUAUGACUCUAGUAGUGCGGCUAUAGAUGUUGAUGGGAGGGGUAUAAGUGGAGGAACUAAUACAGCUACGCUGGAAAACACUUUAAAGGGCGUGCCGUAUGCAGGUGCUCUCUGGGCAUCAAAAUACCCGACACUUGCAGCAAUGGCACAUAGCAAAAAUCAUGGAGCCCCUGAAGGUAGACAACAAUAUUAA